AUGUGCAAGAUCUUCCCUUCCAGUCUCACGGGGCCGGCGUCGACAUGGUUCCAAGAUCUCAAGCCGCAUUCUAUACCAGAUUUCGACACACUGAGCCGCGCUUUCAUUUCACAAUACUUCUGCAAUCGCAAGCAAAAGAAGGACAUGACGACUCUGUUCAGUACCAAACAGAAGCCGGGGGAAAAGGUAGGGAAAUUUUUUGAAAGGUUUAAAGCUGAAAUGCGCCAUGUGAACUGUGAUCCCCAAUUCGCUGCGAUUGCCUUUCGAGAAGGGUUGCUCUUGGGGACGCCAUUGUAUGAAAGUCUACUGCGCGAUCCGCCAAAGGACAUGGAUGACAUCAUUACAAGGGUUGAGGAAGAGAUCAGAAUUGAAAGAGCCAAAGAAGCACGCGAGGCCCGACACGUCAGAGUCGUUGCCUCAGGUGAAGACAGAAGGCAAAAUCGAGGCAACUACCCCGAUGUGAGGCCAGAUAACCGACGCCACUACGAGGCAAAGCCUCGAGCUCGUCAACCUAAGGAAUGGUUCACCUUAAGCCCUACGGCCAUAUUCAGAAAGCACCAACAUGAAGGGCUCUUCACGAAACCCCCACCUCAACCGGAGUCAAGAGACGCAUUCGAACGGACCAAGUACUGCCCUCUCCAUGAGGCGUUAGGGCACGGGUUGCCUAAAUGCGAGGUGUUGCGGCCAGCCAUCUCAGAGUUGAUAAAGACAGGAAAGUUACGUGAAUACCAAUCCGACGACCAGGCCAGUGGAGGUAGGGCAGCAGACAGGGUUGAAAGCAGAACCCCGAAAAAAGGCACGGAACCAAUCAUCAGAGAAAUAUUGGCCAUCCAUGGAGCCCUUAUACUGCUGUGGAGGAGGAAGUGCGCUUGA